GUUUGGUCAGAGGGACACAUCCAUCCUGAUGACUUCGUCCAUAGAGCAUCCGACGCACCUGCUGGAAGAGAACAGAACUCCCCUGAGGCAACAAGCUGAGCUAAAGUCAGUGCCACCCAAAAGCAUCAAAAGCAUCAAUAGGCAAGACUAGCCACCUCCUCUAAUUACCUGGAUCCAUCAGCACCUUAAUAUAAGAAUCUCAACAUCUUGUCUAUUUACGACAUUAACGUACGCCAAUUGUGCACUUUCAUCUACAAAUAGUCAUACCUCCCAGACAGUUUACCGAAACCCUUCAAUGGAUUCUUCCAGGUUAAUUCUGAAAACCAUCUAUAUAACACAAGACACUGCGAUAACCUUCACCCUCCCCACUGCUGCACCUCAAGUAGUCAAUUCUCUAUCAGAUACAGUGGUACCAUACUCUGGAAUUCUUAUCUUCACAUUGCCAAAACUUCAUCAUCCCUCAAUAACUUCAAGCGACGACUGGUGAACCAAACUACCCAAUAAUCCCCUCCAUAUAGCCUAACUCUCACACAAACACACGCACAUAAUCAAACAUGGCUUUUCAUGUAUACUGAGUAUAUCGUGUACAAUUUAAUUAAUAUGCUUUGUUAAAAUGAUUGAACAAAGAGUAUUUUUUUUGUACUUAUUAUAUUUGUGGUGGGGUUUUCAUAUCAGCCCUUUUGGGCUUCCAACCUCACCUGCACACCGUUUUUGCCAGUUUUUUAUCUGUACUAUUUUGUCUUUCACUUGUUUUCUUUGAUGCGAAUAAAUAAAACCUAAAACCUUCUCAGAAGUGCUUUUGUUGUUAUACAGUACUGAAAAAUUGAAUAAUAACAAUAAGGUUAAUGGAACUUUCAAAUUCUAUACAUUCUAUCCAUCAAAUGAUCUGUCAUGUGCUCCCUCACAUUUUUCAUCUCAGAUCAGGAAGACAUGCUGAUGCUAUCUUCACCAACAGGUACAGGAAGGUUCUAGGUCAGAUCUCAGCCAGGAAGUGCCUUCAGAUCAUCAUGGGAAAAUGGCUACGGUGAGUAGUGCAUGUUUAGGACACACUUUAUAUGGAUAGUCCAUCUGUAGAUCAACAAUAGUAAAUAAUGAUAGUCAAAUAUGUCUCAAACCAUUCAAAAAGUGCGAAAGACUACAAUGGUGAGAAUCGUGCCAAUAGACACCUCCCCGGCCCUCUCCCCCCGUGUCUGUCGCAAACAAAUGCAUUGAGCGGUUCUUGGCUGCAGAGCCCGUGAUGCUGAUAAGCCUACCCACAUGAAGACAUUUUUUUUGAGGACAUGACUGUAGUAUGCUAUAGUAUUUACAGUUUCCUGUAGUUUAAAAACAGUAUAAAAAAACGGUUGUAAACUGUAGUAUUUACUAUAGUGUUGUUGCAGACUGUAGUAUACUGUAGUAUUUACUGUAGUGCUUUUGUGGAAAUUACUGUUGUAUUUACUAUAGUGUUUUUGUUUUAUUAUCUUUGACAUAGAAGUGGAAGCUUUCUCCUUGAGGAAACCUACUGGACAAAUACUAAAGAGCAAAUGUUCCAUAACCUGUAGGUAGGUAGGACUGGGGAGGGAACGGAUAGUCUGAGCUUCUGCUCUUUUCUAUAACCUGUAGAUAAUACAAUAUAUGUAUAUACUUCACAUGUACAGGUAACUGCCAAAUUAAAGGAAACAUUUGUGUAAAUGAGGGAUACAAAGUAUGUUGAAAGCAGGUGAUUCCACACAGGUAUGGUUCUUGAGUUAAUUAAGCAAUUAAUAUCCCAUCAUGCUUAGGGUCAUGUAUAAAAAUGCCCAGUUGCCCAUUAUUUUGACUAUCAUGGCUAGAAGAAGAGAUCUCAGUGACUUUGAAAGAGGGGUCUCAAAGGAGCAUAGGGGGUUUAAAGGGUGUGUGUGUGUGUGUGUGUGUGUGUGUGUGUGUGUGCGUGCGUGCGUGCGUGCGUGUGUGUGUGUGCCCAGUUGCCCAUUAUUUUGACUACCAUGGCUAGAAGAAGAGAUCUCAGUGACUUUGAAAGAGGGGUCUCAAAUGAGCAUCCACCACCAUCAACAAAACACCAAAUGAUGGAAUUCCUCGUGGAAGAAUGGUGUCGCAUCACUCCAAUAGAGUUCCAGACACUUGUAGAAUCUAUGCCAAGGUGCAUUGAAGCUGUUCUGGCAGCUGUUUCCUUUAUUUUGGCAGAUACUGUACCUGUAUGUUUCGUGGCACAAAUUGGAAUAUGGGGGGGGGGGGGGGGGGUAUAAAAAAAUGACAUACUGUAGUGUUACUAAAGUUAAAAAACUGUAAUGUUUUUGCAGACUGCAGUUGUUUUGUGUACAUUGCUGCAGUCUUUUUUUGCAGAUAAUACUGAAGUAUUUACUAUAGUAUUCUACAGUAUACUACAAAAGUCUAUACUAAGUACUAUACAUGAUCGAGAGAUACUACAGUGUCUAGUAUAGUAUACUACAGUUUUCAUACAGAAUUCUAUAGUAUGUACUGUAGUAUUCUAUAGUAAACGGUAGUAUUUUUUCAUGUGGGUAGUCACUUGCGGUGUCGGUUUUAUUACAUAAAUACUGGAUAGCAGUGGAGGCUGCUGAGGGAAGUACGGCUCAUGAUAAUGGCCGGAACGGAGCAAAUGGAAUGGCAUCAAACACCUGGAAACCAUGUGUUUGAUGGAUUUGAUACUAUUCCACUUAUUCCGCUCCAAUCAUUACCACGAGCCCGUUCUCCCCAAUUAAGGUUCCACCAGCCUCCUGUGCUGGAUAGGCUAUUCUACGGGAUGGCCUGCCAGCUACAGAGAGGGAGAGUUAGGGAGAGUUGGGUUUGUGUGAUUGUGUGUGGGGUGUGUUUUGUUUGCUUCUAGUUGGACAAACCUCUGACAAAGUUUCACAACACACAUGGAUACACUCACAAACACAAUAACGUGGGGUUCAGGCUUCGGGUUAGAGGGAGUGUUAUCAGUUCCUUACUUUGGUAGCCUAACAUAGCAUAUUGACCUACUUUAAUUAAGGUUUAUUUUGGGGCUGUUAGAGAUUAUGAUUAUGAUUCAUAUUUUUCUCUUUAAGCAUUAGAUGACGACCCUUUAAAAGGCACAUGGCGCCAGAAAGAUUAUGAUUAGGAUAUACAGUACCAGUCAAAAGUUUGGACCUACUCAUUCAAUGGUUUUUCCUUAUUUUUACUAUUUUCUACAUUGUAACUAUGAAAUAACACAUAUGGAAUCAUGUAGUAACCAGAAAAGUGUUAAACAAAUCAAAAUAUAUUUUAUAUUUGAGAUUCUUCAAAGUAGCCACCCUUUGCCUUGAUGACAGCUUUGCACACUCUUGGCAUUCUCUCAACCAGCUUCAUGAGGUAGUCACCUGGAAUGCAUUUCAAUUAACAGGUGUGCCUUCUUAAGAGUUGUGGAAUUUCUUUCCUUCUUAAUGCGUUUGAGCCAAUCAGUUGUGUUGUGACAAGGUAGGGGUGGUAUACAUAAGAUAGCCCUAUUUGGUAAAAGACCAAGUCCAUAUUAUGGCAAGAACAGCUCAAAUAAGCAACGAGAAACGACAGCCCAUCAUUAUUUUAAGACAUGAAGGUCAGUCAAUCCUGAAGAUUUCAAGAACUUUUAAAGUUUUUCAAGUGCAGUCGCAAAAACCAUCAAGCGCUAUGAUACAACUGGCUCUCAUGAGGACCGCCACAGGAAAGGAAGACCCAGAGUUACCUCUACUGCAGAGGAUAAGUUCAUUAGAGUUACCAACCUCAGAAAUUGCAGCCCAAAUAAAUGCUUCACAGAGUUCAAGUAACAGACACAUCUCAACAUCAACUUUUCAGAGGAGACUGUGUGAAUCAGGCCUUCGUGGUCGAGUUGCUGCAAAUAAACCACUACUAAAGGACACCAAUAAGAAGAAGAGACUUGCCAAGAAACACGAGCAAUGGACAUUCGACCGGUCCAAAUUUGAGAGUUUUGGUUCCAACUGCCAUGUUUUUGUGAGACGCAGAGUAGGUGAACAGAUGAUCUCCGCAUGUGUGGUUCCCACUGUGAAGCAUGGAGGAGGAGGUGUGAUGGUGUAGGGGUGCUUUGCUGGUGACACUGUCAGUGAUUUAUUUAGAAUUCAAAGCACACUUAACCAACAUGGCUACCACAGCAUUCUGUAGCGAUACGCCAUCCCAUCUGGUUUGCGCUUAGUGGGACUAUCAUUUGGAGAAUUACCCAAAACACACCUCCAGGCUGUGUAAGGGCUAUUUGACCAAGAAGGAGAGUGAUGGAUUGCUGCAUCAGAUGACCUGGCCUCCACAAUCACCUGACCUCAACCCAAUUUAGAUGGUUUGGGAUGAGUUGGACCGCAGAGUGAAGGAAAAGCAGCCAACAAGUACUCAGCAUAUGUGGGAACUCCUUCAAGACUGUUGGAAAAGCAUUCCAGGUGACUACCUCAUGAAGCUGAUUGAGAGAAUGCCAAGACCGUGCAAAGCUGUCUUUAAGGCAAAGGGUGGCUACUUUGAAGAAUCUCAAAUAUAAAAUAUAUGUUUAACACUUUGUUGGUUACUACAUGAUUCCAUAUGUGUUAUUUCAUAGUUUUGAUGUUUUCACUAUUAUUCCACAAUGUAGAAAAUAGUAAAAAUAAAGAAAAAUCGUUGAAUAAGUAGGUGUGUCCAAACUUUUGACUAGUACUGUAUAAGGGGACAUGAUUGUCUGGGACAUAGUCCCAAAUGUCACCCUAUUCCCUACACUUUUAGAAAAAAGGGUUCCAAAAGGGUUCCAAAAGUGUUCUUCGGCUGUCCCCAUAUGAGAUCCCUUUUUGGUUCCAGAUAUAACCUUUUAGAGUUCCAUGUAGAACCCUCUGUUGAAAGGGUUCUACAUGGAACUUAAAAUAGUUCUACCUGGAACCAAAAAGGGUUCUUCAAAGGGUUAUCCUAUGGGGACAGCCGAAGAACCCUUUUUGGUUCUAGAUAGCACCUUUAGCUCUGCAAAAAAAUUAUGCGAGAUCACAGAAGUCAACAUGUGGGACUACGUGCUCUCCAAUGCCAUGAUAGAAGCUUUGCAUGUUGGGAAACGUGUGCCCAGAGGGAACAUUUUUGACUGGGAAACCAUAGAGCUCAAGGUCCAAGGGAACGUCAAGGUGAUCACUGAAGAGCUGUAGGGUGUCUCCAAGGCACCCACAACAUGCUCUCCAUCCAGGGGCGCUGAACUGAGGCCUGACCCUGUGCUCCUCUCAACUGUGUGUCUGUGAUGUACGCCAUCUGAGGGAGUUAAGAAAUGACAGCAGAAGACCAAUGUCUGUUGUUCGCUGUUACAUAUGGAAAAUAUAGUUGUAUUAGUUUGAGUUCCUGUCUCAUCUCUACAAAAAGAAAGUUCACAAUGGGCACAUAGCAUGUGUUUUUUGGUUUGAUGUGUGUGUGUGUGUGUGUGUGGGACAUUGCAGCACAGGUUUGAUCACUGAUGUAAUCUCAUAGAUAAACAGCAGGGGGCAAUCCCUGAUUAAUUUUGACUGAUGAUGACAUUGGGCGCGUUCGACAUUGAAGCCGAAUUUAAAGGAAAGUCGAGAUUGACUGAUUUACAAAUCACCUUGCAUCAUAAAUAACUACUCAAUACUAUUUGCAGAUCAGUCAGUCAGUCACUAUUUACCUAUGAAUAGGGCGGCAGGUAACCUAGCGGUUAUAGAGGCGAGGUUGCCAGUUCGAAUCCUGGGUCUGAUAGAAAACAUCUGGCGGGAAGUGAGCUGGCAACCGGAGGGUUGUGGUAUCAGAUCCUAGAUGCCAUUGCCUGCCCUUGAGCAAGGCACAUAACCCCCCACAACAGCUCCGCAGGUGCCCAGUGUGGCAGCUCCCCGCACCUCUCCAAAACAUGUACAGUGGGGAGAACAAGUAUUUGAUACACUGCCGAUUUUGCAGGUUUUCCUACUUACAAAGCAUGUAGAGGUCUGUAAUUUUUAUCAAAGGUACACUUCAACUGUGAGAGACGGAAUUUAAAACAAAAAUCCAGAAAAUCACAUUGUAUGAUUUUUAAGUGAUUAAUUUGAAUUUUAUUACAUGACAUAAGUAUUUGACACAUCAGAAAAGCAUAACUUAAUAUUUGGUACAGAAACCUUGGUUUGCAAUUACAGAGAUCAUACGUUUCCUGUAGGUCUUGACCAGGUUUGCACACACUGCAGCAGGGAUUUUGGCCCACUCCUCCAUACAGACCUUCUCCAGAUCCUUCAGGUUUCGGGGCUGUCGCUGGGCAAUACGGACUUUCAGCUCCCUCCAAAGAUUUUCUAUUGGGUUCAGGUCUGGAGACUGGCUAGGCCACUCCAGGACCUUGAGAUGCUUCUUACGGAGCCACUCCUUAGUUGCUCUGGCUGUGUGUUUCGGGUCGUUGUCAUGCUGGAAGACCCAUCCACGACCCAUCUUCAAUGCUCUUACUGAGGGAAGGAGGUUGUUGGCCAAGAUCUCGCGAUACAUGGCCCCAUCCAUCCUCCCCUCAAUACAGUGCAGUCGUCCUAUCUCCUUUCCAGAAAAGCAUCCCCAAAGAAUGAUGUUUCCACCUCCAUGCUUCACGGUUGGGAUGGUGUUCUUGGGGUUGUACUCAUCCUUCUUCCUCCAAACACGGCGAGUGGAGUUUAGACCAAAAAGCUAUAUUUUUGUCUCAUCAGACCACAUGACCUUCUCCCAUUCCUCCUCUGGAUCAUCAUUGGCAAACUUCAGACGGGCCUGGACAUGCGCUGGCUUGAGCAGAGGGACCUUGCGUGCGCUGCAGGAUUUUAAUCCAUGACAGCGUAGUGUGUUACUAAUGGUUUUCUUUGAGACUGUGGUCCCAGCUCUCUUCAGGUCAUUGACCAGGUCCUGCCGUGUAGUUCUGGGCUGAUCCCUCACCUUCCUCAUGAUCAUUGAUGCCCCAGGAGGUGAGAUCUUGCAUGGAGCCCCAGACCGAGGGUGAUUGACCGUCAUCUUGAACUUCUUCCAUUUUCUAAUAAUUGCUCUUGAACACGGCCACUGAGGUACAGGACUGGGCAGGGCACAGACGAGUUCAAGGUAGAGUUCCUCCCCGACUACAGCGCCUCGAUAGGUAUUUAACAUAUCAACUAACCACAGAUGAUAUAACAAUCUGAUGCCUGACUGCACAGUCGAUGGCGUGGCACGCAACCAUUGGUUGAUGCAAUGCAACGCUUCCGCAUCCAGUCGGGCAGAAACUCGACCUAUGUCAAGUAAGUAAAGUCAUGCAAGUGUGUCGUAAAUGCUAAAAUAACUACAAGAGUUGGACACACAACUUACAAUGAGCAUUGUGAGAGAUGCUGCACACUUUUUACAACUACACUUGCAACAUUUCCAAAAUAUGGGUUUCUGUCCAAUAUUCUGUCAUUGUUGUACUAUGGUAGUAAGGGAAGGUUCCUUAGGUAGUGUCCCAAUAGUGUUUUAAUUUGUUUCCUUUACGUGUCUCCUUCCAUUCAAGGCCCCUUCAUUACACUUUUUUUGAAGGGUAGCGAGGAGACGGGAGGGUAGCAAUUGCAGACAAGAAUUGGAACAUGGCCAGAGUAUGAUAGUGGUUAUAAAAAUGCUUCAAAAGUAUAGAAGCACUGCAAAUGUUUAUACAGACCGUAGUAUAUUCUUUCUCUCUUUGUUUUCAAUCUUUUAAACACAGAGAAGAAGCUGGGAGCUAUAAAGUGAAACGGCCAGUC